UUAAGAUUAACAAUUCACAAAAUAAAAAAGUAGGCCUAUUUGAUUUCAUUUAUUUUAAAGUGUUUGUGAAACAUCUGUCUGUCCCAUGACACUGUGAGAUGAUCAAUAAAAAAAAAGAGUUAACUGGGUUUGUCAGUCUCUCUCUCUUUCCCUCACUCUCUCUUGCAGUCACCCACCCUUCCUCUCUCUCAUUACCCAUCCGGCCACUUUAGUGCUUAUUUACAAGAUUUUUCCUUAUUCAACCGUGACAACAUUUCGGGCGUAUUUUAUCCAAUUGACCGUGGACACUAUGUAUAUGUUUUUUCUCCAUCGGUCGUAAAUGAUUUGUGUCAAGCGCGAGAAAAACACGGCGCGUGAUCCGCCGCCGCCGCUGCUGUGAUGGAGAGGCGGUGCGUGUCAGAGCGGGGCGGCUAGACGGCCUGCAAGCCUCGGACUGGACUUUCAGCCGUGACGGAGCGGGAGAACACCAACAGCGAUAGCCCACAACAACCCACCGUAUAAUUCAGUGGACUUGUAAAGAGAAGUUACAAAACAAGCAAUUCAGAUCAAGAUCUGAAUUAUGAUGGACAUUUACAAGGGGCCCUAACAUCAAUUCGAGGAGAAAGAGGUUCGUGAUUUUUUUCCGUAUUAAAGAUUGCGAGGACGACAAAUCAUGCCUCCAAGACCCUCCUCAGGAGAACUAUGGGGCAUCCAUUUGAUGCCCCCCAGAAUUCUGGUGGACUGUUUGCUGCCCAAUGGCAUGAUCCUAACGCUGGAGUGUCUCCGGGAGGCCACCCUUAUCACAAUCAAGCAUGAACUGUUUAAGGAGGCUAGGAAGUAUCCCCUCCACCACCUGCUGCAGGAGGAAACCUCCUAUAUCUUCGUCAGUGUCACGCAAGAGGCGGAGCGCGAGGAGUUCUACGAUGAGACGCGAAGGCUUUGUGACCUCCGGCUAUUCCAGCCCUUCCUGAAGGUCAUUGAACCUGUGGGGAACAGAGAGGAAAAAAUCCUCAAUCGAGAAAUCGGUUUUGCCAUCGGAAUGCCGGUUUGCGAGUUUGAUCUAGUGAAGGAUCCUGAGGUCCAAGACUUCAGGAGAAAUAUUCUUAAUGUCUGCAAAGAUUCGGUAGAGCUGCGAGACGCGGGUGGAUCACACAGUCGGGCGCUAUACGUUUAUCCUCCUAAUGUGGAGUCUACUCUAGAGCUUCCAAAGCACAUAUAUGGCAAAUUAGACAAAGGUCAAAUCAUUGUGGUUAUAUGGGUGAUCGUCUCUCCCAACAACGACAAGCAGAAGUACACACUGAAGAUCAAUCACGAUUGCGUACCUGAGCAGGUGAUCGCCGAAGCCAUCAGGAAGAAAACGAGAAGCAUGCUGCUAUCGGCCGAGCAGCUGAAGAUGUGCGUGCAGGAAUAUCAGGGCAAGUACAUCCUUAAAGUCUGCGGCUGUGAUGAAUACCUGCUGGAGAAAUACCCCAUCAGUCAGUACAAGUAUGUGCGCAGUUGCAUUAUGCUGGGUCGAAUGCCAAACCUCAUGCUUAUGUCCAAGGACAGCCUUUACUCGCAGCUGCCCAUGGACAACUUCACCAUGCCCUCCUACGCCCGCCGGAUCUCCACCGCAACGCCUUACAUGAACGGAGAGGCUUCAACCAAAUCACUCUGGACCAUCAACAGCACUCUGAGGAUACGUGUCCUCUGCGCCACAUACGUCAAUGUAAACAUUCGGGACAUUGAUAAGAUUUAUGUGCGGACAGGGAUUUACCAUGGAGGAGAACAGUUGUGCGAUAACGUAAACACACAACGUGUCCCAUGUUCAAACCCGAGGUGGAACGAGUGGCUGACCUAUGACAUGUACAUUCCUGAUGUUCCUCGGGCGGCUCGUCUCUGUCUCUCCAUCUGUUCUGUGAAAGGAAGGAAGGGGGCAAAAGAGGAGCACUGUCCACUGGCCUGGGGGAACGUCAACCUGUUCGACUACACACACACUCUGGUCUCAGGAAAGAUGGCACUGAACCUGUGGCCUGUACCACACGGCCUAGAAGACCUCCUCAACCCUAUCGGGGUUACGGGAUCCAACCCUAACAAGGAAACCCCAUGUCUUGAGCUGGAGUUUGACUAUUUCAGCUCACCUGUUAAGUAUCCCGACAUGGCCAUGAUUGAAGAUCACGCUAACUGGAUAAUAUCCAGGGAGAUGGGGUACAAUUACUGUCAGUCUGGACCGAGCAGCAGGCUGGCGCGAGACCACGCCAUGACAGAGGUGGACAUAGAACAACUUCGGCAGCUGAGCAACAGGGACCCGCUUUCUGAAAUGACUGAGCAGGAGAAAGACUUCCUAUGGAGGCACAGGCAGUAUUGUGUAAAUAUACCAGAAAUCCUGCCAAAGAUUCUGCUGGCGGUGAAGUGGAACUCUAGAGAUGAAGUUGCACAGAUGUUUUGUCUUCUUAAAGACUGGCCAGCAAUAAAGCCAGAGCAAGCCAUGGAGUUACUUGACUGUAACUAUCCUGAUCCAAUGAUCCGAGACUUCGCAGUCCGAUGCCUUGAGAAGUAUCUGACUGACGACAAACUCUCUCAAUACCUCAUUCAGCUGGUUCAGGUUUUGAAGUAUGAGCAGUAUCUUGAUAACCCUCUGGUACGAUUUCUGCUGAAAAAAGCUCUUACCAACCAGAGGAUCGGACACUUCUUCUUUUGGCAUUUAAAGUCAGAAAUGCACAAUAAAACCGUGAGUCAGCGGUUUGGUCUGCUGCUGGAGUCGUACUGCCGGGCGUGCGGCAUGUACUUGAAGCACCUGAGCAGACAGGUGGAAGCCAUGGAGAAGCUUAUCAACCUCACAGACAUCCUCAAGCAGGAAAAGAAGGAUGAAACUCAGAAGGUGCAAAUGAAGUUCCUGGUGGAGCAGAUGAGGAGGCCGGACUAUAUGGAUGCCCUCCAAAAUUUCACCUCUCCACUCAACCCCGCCCACCAGCUCGGUAACCUACGACUUGAAGAUUGCAGGAUCAUGUCCUCGGCCAAGAGACCUCUGUGGUUGAACUGGGAGAAUCCAGACAUAAUGUCUGAACUUUUGUUCCAGAACAAUGAGAUCAUCUUCAAGAACGGAGAUGACCUGCGGCAGGACAUGCUGACGCUGCAGAUCAUCAGGAUAAUGGAGAACAUUUGGCAGAAUCAGGGACUUGACCUGAGAAUGCUCCCCUACGGCUGUCUUUCUAUUGGUGACUGUGUGGGUCUGAUAGAGGUGGUGAGGAGUUCUCAUACCAUCAUGCAAAUUCAGUGUAAAGGAGGUUUAAAGGGUGCGCUGCAGUUUAACAGCUCAACACUACAUCAGUGGUUAAAGGACAAGAACAAGGGCGAGAUGUACGACAUGGCCAUUGACUUGUUCACGCGAUCAUGUGCUGGAUAUUGUGUGGCCACCUUCAUUUUAGGCAUCGGUGAUCGACACAAUAGUAACAUCAUGGUGAAGGAAGAUGGGCAGCUGUUUCAUAUAGAUUUCGGUCACUUUUUGGACCACAAGAAGAAGAAGUUUGGCUACAAACGAGAGCGAGUGCCCUUCGUCUUAACUCAAGACUUCUUAAUUGUGAUCAGCAAAGGAACCCAAGAGUGCACUAAAACCAGAGAGUUUGAGAGGUUUCAAGAGAUGUGCUACAAGGCCUAUUUGGCCAUCAGGCAGCACGCUAACCUGUUCAUAAACCUCUUCUCCAUGAUGCUGGGCUCAGGCAUGCCAGAGCUGCAGUCCUUUGACGACAUCGCUUACAUCCGCAAGACUCUGGCACUGGACAAAACCGAGCAGGAGGCCCUGGACUAUUUCAUGAAGCAGAUGAAUGACGCUCACCAUGGCGGAUGGACCACUAAAAUGGACUGGAUUUUCCACACCAUCCGGCACCAUGCCCAAAACUGAGCCCAGACAGAUCCCAGCCCACGUGUGGAACUUUAAAUCUGAUUAUGGGCAGAUGACCUUUUUAGGGCAUCCUGCCCUGUUUAUGCCAUGGGGCAUCAUGGCACUCAAACCUCAUGUACAAAUGACCUUCAGAGCACUAAAACAAUCCAGAAGAACAUUUUUGUCCUGUUCUUUAGUUCUCUCUUCUGGUGUCUGUAUAAUCUGUAUGAAUCUUUUGCCCAGAGUUGUACAUUAUAGCCGGCAGUUUUAUUCCCCCUCAUCCCCUCACGCUGCUCUUUUCCUGGAGAGUUAUUUGUUAUUAUUAAUAUAUAUUAUAUUUUGUUCUCGGGCAAACUGAACCUUGUUCGAGAAGAACGUUCUGCACUCUUCAGUAGCUUUGCGGGGGUGUCCACGUCUUCCUGUUCAAAACUACAAAUGCCUUCUACGAUGCACGGAACCUCUGAGAACACAAAAAAACAGGGUAUGAAACUUUCUGGUCUGCUACCUGGCCUUUCUUUCCAAAACUAACGCGAAUCCCCUGAAGGGCAGUGAGAGGCGUAGCAGUUAGAAAGCGAUGGUGCUGAUUUUGUCCCGGUGUCUCUCGGAGUUCUCUUGACUGUACGGGCCUUUGUAAUAGAGGGGUGAUUAGGUUUUGUUCUCCUUUCUUCCUUAUAAGCACAGCGAGCUAAGAUGAUAGCCUGAGUAC